AUGAUUGAAGUAAUUGCAGAGAUUUUACGAGGUCCUGUAUUUAUUGCUGGCGAGACUCUUCAUUGUCGAAUAACAUUUACAAAUAAAUUAACUGAGGAAAAUAAUUCAACAAAUCAUAAUGGAACUUUCGAGAAGAUUUCUUGGGCAAGUGUUCAACUACAUUGUCAACGUUAUGUAAAUGAACAGAAAGUAAAUUUACAACAACAACAACAUCAACAAAUAUCGAACAUAAAAUCGAAUGAAUCCACAACAACUAAUACUGAUAUUGUUCCAUUAGAUUCUACUGCCCUUAUUGCUACAAAAGGUGAAACUGGCCAAACAAUUUAUACAUCUAAACCAUGCGUACUAUUUUGUGAUUUGAAAUUACAACCAGGUGAAACUCAAACAUUUAAUUAUCAAGAAACAAUUUCUACACAAGUUCCUCCUACAUUUCGAGGAAAUUAUGUUAAAUAUUCUUAUAAACUUACUAUUGGUACACAACGUGUUAAUUGCCCAACAACACUUAUUCGUGUACCUUUUCGCGUAUUAGUUAUACCAGACCUAGACAAAUAUAUUCGCCAAGAUAAAGCUGCAAUUGCUUCAUCUCAACCUGGUACUAAAGUUGAUAAUCCAUUCGUUUGUCCAAGUCGUACAGAAAUAGAUUCAUUAACAACUGCUCUAGAUGCUCUUCAAAUUCUAUCAUGUCGAACACAUCAAAAUGUUUACAAUAUCAGCAAUAAUCGUGGUCGUGUUUGUCGUUUAACAUUAUUUAAAAAUAAUUUCAAGCUGGGUGAAGAUAUCUUAGGUACAAUUGAUUUUGAUCAUACUGAUGUACCAUGUGUGCAAUAUACAGUUACAUUACAAAGUGAAGAAAAUCUCAAUUCAAAUUAUCGUCGAAAAUCAAGUCAAUUAUCUAAUAUAACUUCAUUUACAAAACAAUCGGAAUUUUGUUUAUCAACAUUUCAAAGCUAUUUAUCUCUUUCCAUUCCAUUAUCAUGUACACCAACAUUUUCAAUGGAUCUUGUUUCAUUACGAUGGAAAUUACAUUUUGAAUUUGUUACAUCGAAAAUUUCACGUAGUAUUUUACCAUCGAAUAGUGAUGCAUCAUCAAGUACAACAUGGUCAACAGCAAAUUCAAUUGAAGCUGAAAGCAUGACGUGGGAUUUACCUAUAAAAAUUCUGCCUACAAAUCCAUAUUUUGCUAAUAAUGUCGCGAAAGUUUCUUGCACAACAGUUACUACUAUUUAA